ACUGUAUCCUAUAUCUCCAGAUAUUCCUCCUCCUCCUGUGGUAUUUUACGACUUUGUAGCGCUCGUAACUCGUAUUUACGGUAAUUCCGACAGCAGUAGAUUAAGCUCGGCAGCGCGCGCGGGCUUUGGUCAUAGCCGUAGCCUCAGGCAGUGGCCGCUCGAAGUCUCGCGAGAGAACGCGAGCUCUUACUGGACGAGAUUUUGAGAGGGGACUCAGGUGUAAGAGCGCAGCGCAGCGCGUGCAGGGAGACAGAUAAGCGCCACCGAGACACUGCAAGGCAUCUCCUCUCUGCACCGGGCUCUCAGAUCUCCUAAACUUCACACCAUCGCGACCUGAGACUACACACACACACACACACACACACACGCGCGCGCGCACACACACACACACACACACACACACACAUAUACACAAACACACACACACACACACACACACCGCAACCCUGGACCCGGAGCAGCAUCGUCCACUUUAUUUACAUCUUUAUUUAUUUAUGUUCUCUUAGCCUGCAUUAGUUUGAAUUUAAAAUCCGUAUUUAUUUAUUAUUUAUUUCUCCUCCUCUGCUGUGCACUUUAUUUAUUUUAUUAUUUUUUUUCUCGACGAAAGCCGGACGCUUUUGCGGAAAAACACAAACAGAAACACCAUCAUGAUGUCCAUGAACAGCAAACAGCCUCAUUUCGCCAUGCACCCGAGUUUACCCGAACACAAAUACACCACUUUACACUCGAGCUCGGAAGCGAUCCGGAGAGCGUGUCUGCAAACUCCACAGCUACAGAGCAACAUCUUCGCGAGCCUGGACGAGACCCUGCUGGCGCGCGCCGAGGCCCUGGCGGCCGUGGACAUGGCGGUGUCGCAGGGCAAAGCGCACCCGUUCAAACCCGACGCCACGUACCACACGAUGAACAGCGUGCCGUGCUCGUCCACGUCCACGGUGCCCAUCGCGCCGCCGCACCACCCGCACCACCACCACCAUCACCACCACCACCAUCAGAACCUGGAUCCACCGGACCUGAUGGAGCACAUCAGCUCACCUUCACUCACCCUGAUGAGCGCGCACGAGGCCGGCGGAGGAGCUGGAGGAGGCGGCGGUGGAGGAGGUGGAGGCGGCGGAGGAGGUGGUGGAGGCGGCGGACUGAUCUCGACCUCGGCGCAUCCGCACUCACACAUGCACGGCUUGAGCCAUCUCUCGCAUCAGGCCGCUAUGAACAUCAACUCCACGCUCGGACACCAUCACCACCCGCACCACCCGCAUCCGGGGCUUUUACCCAGCCACCCCGGCAGCGCCCAGGGCGCCUCCGGCCUCGUUCCCAACGGAAUUCCGUCUUUGCCCGACUCGGAUACGGACCCGCGCGAGCUGGAGGCGUUCGCCGAGCGCUUUAAACAACGGCGGAUCAAACUCGGGGUCACCCAGGCGGACGUGGGCGGCGCCCUGGCCAACCUGAAAAUCCCCGGCGUGGGCUCGCUCAGUCAGAGCACCAUAUGUAGGUUCGAGUCUCUAACACUGUCACACAACAACAUGAUCGCGCUCAAACCCAUUCUCCAGGCCUGGCUGGAGGAGGCCGAGGGCGCGCAGCGCGAGAAAACGAACAAACCCGAGCUGUUUAACGGCGCCGAGAAGAAGCGCAAGCGCACGUCCAUCGCCGCGCCCGAGAAGCGCUCUCUCGAGGCGUACUUCGCCGUUCAGCCGCGACCUUCCAGCGAGAAAAUCGCGGCCAUCGCCGAGAAACUGGACCUCAAAAAGAACGUGGUGCGCGUCUGGUUUUGCAACCAAAGACAAAAACAGAAACGGUUGAAAUUUUCAGCGACGCACUGAUGAUGAUGGUGAUGGUGAUGAUGGUGAAGAUGAGGACAGUGAUGAUGAUGGUGAUGAUGAUGAUGAGGAGGAGGACGAGGACAAUUUUUGGACCAAGGGAUCUACAAUUUGUAGGUCUGUUCCGACCCGGUGGGGUUUUUCAUGAUCAAUCAGAUUUAUUACUUUAUUAUUGUGGAUAAGACUUUACGUGACCCUUCUCGCGCCCUGAAUUCAUUUAAGAUGAUGAUAUUUAUCAUUUAUUUAUUUAUAUAUUUAUUUUCCCAUGAUGCUGGUGAAGUAUGCAAACUCCAGGUAAUCCAGACUUGCGGAGAACACUUAAUAAUGCCUUCUUCCUCAGAAACAUCGCAAGAACACAGAAAUUCGGGUUUAUUUAUUUAUUUAUUUAUUUAUUUAUUUAUUUAUUUAUUUCCCUUUAAUUAAACACACUUUUAUUUGCAAUGAUGAAAUAGCCAUGGAAGGAUUACCUCAUACUGUAAACUCGUGGUCCUGUUUUAGUUCUUAUCAGUUGAUUUGUUUAGAUAAUUCUAUUUACGGGUUAUAAUUUGUUUCCUGGUUUGUGUGUUUGUAAUCGGGAGCUUUAAAAAGUCAUUUCGGAUGGAAAAGCAGUCAAAUUUUGAAAAAAAAGAAAAAAAAAAAAGAAAAAGAAAACAAAGAAGAAAGGAUACAAAAUCCCUGUUUAAUGGUUGAGUCUGUAAUAGAGCUGGCAACCACCACUUGGAUUUUUUUUUUUUAAUAUUGCACUGAAAUUAUUAUUAUUAUUAUUAUUAUUAUUAUUAUUAUUAUUAUUAUUAUUCGAAUUGAUUAGCUCUACUGAAAUGCUUUUUGUAUAUAUAUAAACAUACAGAUGACACCUGCUCACCUUGGAUUUCCAUUUUUUCCUCUUUUUUUUUUUCAAAUUUAUUUUAUAUAUUUAAUUUAUUAAUCUGUCACUGGUAUUAUUUCAUGAUGGCUCUAUAACAACUUCGCAUGUGUCAGACGAUCACAUCUCCAUCCCGAUGGAGCAAAAUGAAGGAUAAUAAUAAUAAUAGCGAGAAAAAAAAAUCUAUCUAUAUAUAAUUGUCUUUUUUUUUAUUUAUUUCUUUAUUUCUUUUGAAUUUGUACACUUUGGUUUGCAGUGCAAACAUUCUAUGCAUUAUUAAAGUAAUACCGACUGAAGCACUACCGCAUUAGAGGACCUGCUGUUAGCCUUGUGGAUGGUGUCACUGUUUAAUGCCACACACACACACACACACACACACACACACAAACUGUUCGUUUUGUCGUGUUAUAAUUGUCAAGAAAAAAAAAUAAGAGAAGAGAAGAGAAAGUUGUGUAAGUAGUGAUUUAUUUUGUGCACAUAUGUUUACAGAC